GUGGCCUUCACGGAGACUGAGCGUCUCAUUGGCGACGGUGCGAAGAACCAACUGCCGCAGAACCCGCACAACACGAUCUACGCGAUCAAGCGACUCAUUGGACGAAAGUACAGCGACGCCACGGUACAGACUGACAAGAAGCUGCUGUCGUACGAGGUGGUGGCGGACAAGGACGGUAAGCCUAAGGUGCAGGUGGAGGUUGGCGGUAAGAAGAAGCAGUUCACGCCCGAGGAGGUGAGCGCGAUGGUGCUGCAGAAGAUGAAGGAGAUCGCGGAGACGUACCUGGGCGAGAAGGUGAAAAACGCCGUUGUGACGGUGCCCGCGUAUUUCAAUGACGCCCAGCGGCAGUCGACGAAGGAUGCCGGCACGAUCGCGGGGCUGAACGUUGUGCGCAUCAUCAACGAGCGGAAAGCAGCUGCCA